AAGGAAAGAGAGUGAGGAAGAGAGAGAGAGAGAGAGAGAGAGAGAGGCGGUGGUAGUAGUAGUAGUAAUAAUAGUGCUGCUGCAGGAAACUCGGUGCACCUUCAUCACCACCACCAUCACCACCACCACCACCAUCAUCAUCAUGCACGAGCCAGAGGCAGAAACAGCAUCAGCUUGUGCUGCUUCUAAACUCUAGACUGGAGGAUUUUCCCCCACAGCUGCACGCAUGGGCACCGACAGACUCAGAGGAAUAAUUUAAAGGGAAAGAGUUUUGCGCACCAGGUGCAGAGAGCAGCUUCUCUGCCAUCAUGGCCGGCCAGGACUGGACUGACUGGUUCGAAAGGGAGGAACUGAUCGGGCAGAUCAGCGACAUCCGAGUGCAGAACCUUCAAGUCGAGAGAGAAGUCGUUCAGAAGCGGACCUUCACAAGAUGGAUGAAUCUGCAUCUCGAGAAGUGUAAUCCUCCGCUGAUGGUGCACGAUCUUUUCCGUGACAUCCGAGAUGGGCGAGUUCUCAUGGCCUUGCUUGAGGAGCUGUCAGGAUGCAGGCUGCUCCAUGAAUUCAAACCAUCCGCACAUCGCAUUUUCAGGCUUAAUAACAUUGCCAGGGUAUUGUCAUUUCUGGAGGAAAGAAAUGUAAAGCUGGUCAGCAUUGAUGCUGCUGACAUCACCGAUGGCAAUUCGUCCAUUGUGCUCGGGCUUAUCUGGAAUAUCAUCCUCUUUUUCCAGAUAAAAGAGCUUACGGGAAACAUACGAAACCAAUUCCCAUCUACGUCCAGCCUGUCUUCCAUCCCAACCAGCUCGGACUCGGACAUGUCACUGUCCAGCACACCGUCAGACGAGAAGAAACCUUCCGUCGUUGCCAGGGAUCAUGGAAAAGCCAUAAAGACUCUCUUGCACUGGGUCCAGAGACGUACCAGGAAAUAUGGCGUGGCUGUCCAGGAUUUUGGCAAGAGCUGGACAAGUGGUCUGGCUUUUCUUGCAGUCAUCAAGUCCAUUGACCCAAGUCUGGUGGACAUGAGGAGAGCCAUGCUCAGAUCGCCCAGAGAAAAUAUCGAAGAGGCCUUCAGGACUGCACAUUAUAGCCUGGGAAUCCCACGACUUUUGGAGCCUGAAGACAUAACCCUGAACCGUCCUGACGAACAGUCCAUAAUGACCUACGUGUCUCAGUUUCUGGAGCACUUUCCAGGAAUCGAGGAGGACGAACCUUCGAAUAUCCUGGAGAGGAAUAAGGUCAGUGCGCGGAUGACAGAGCUUCCGGUUAAGAAUGGAGUUCAGAGGAAGAGAGAAAAGUCAAGUGUAGUGAAGAAAGACUGGGUUCAGCCUCCACCUAAGAUCUUUAUCUCCUCAGUGGUUAAAGAUCAAGAACAAAAACGUUCCGCUGUCCCACUCCAAACAGUAGAGGACCGGCCAUGGGACAGUGAGGACUCCUCAGUAGGUUCAAGUCCAAGCACUACAGAAAACCGGCCUCUUAGUCACUCCCUGGGCCUGAACAAGGACGCGUCCUCUCCCUUGAGCUCCCCUCAGCCGUCUCUCAACGACUCGGCUAUGGAUUUUCCAGAAUCGUGGGCUGAGACGCCUAGUGAGCUUCCACAGUCAUGCAGCAACGACUCUCUGAGAGAUUCAACCUCAGCAGGAGAUCUGACCUCACUCGGUUCUCCACUUGAAUCAGAGAGAGGCCUUCAAGAUCAGGUAGAAUCAGAGUUGUUCAUUGAUGAGGGAAACUUCUCGCUCAGCUUAGAGGCUAGAACCACAUUGCUGUCUGAGGAGGAGGAUGCUUAUAGGUACAUUUUAGCUCUUAAGGAGAACGAAACUGCCGGCGACGUACCCAAUGAGGAUGUUAUUAAAAACUCGCAUGGCAAGGAACCCUGUCUCGAGACCAAUCCAGAUAAACCCACAUCUUCUGAUCCUUCUUACGGGGAUUGGGACUCCGGAUACUACCCGGAUCAGAAGGAUAUCUCCACCACUAACCCAGAUGAGGUCACAGAGCGUUUGCUGGACCCUGACACCAAUAAACCCAUUCAAGCUGUUGUUGAAAAUGAACCAGAAACCCUAGCUGAAAUUCACAAAGAAAGUCUUGAGUCUUUCAGCACUGAACCUGUACAGAACAUCCUUAUGGAAUCAGAUCAAACAAAUGUGUUUGAAGAUGACCUAGAGUGGCCUGUCGUUCAGUACGAAAGGAUUUCCAUUUCAGGGAGUGAAGAAGACCUUGAAGAACUUGGCACAGAGUUGUGUGAAGAACCUCUUGAUGAGGAACUGGUGGGGAAGCCAGAAAUGUUAAGUGGAAGGAUGGAAGACGGUGCCGAAGAGGAAGAUCACAGUUUCAAAAAAACUGUAGAAAUAGAUCAGGUGCAAGAACCAGAGCAGGACAGUCCAGAGGCAGAAAAUAAAGCAGAUCAGAUCACUACUGAGUAUGAGCUUCCUGAUAUCCCAACACACAGAAGCCAGCCUGGGGCAACAGAUAUCGAGGCAGAGAUCCAAGAAAAAGAGGAGCAGAAGUCUGGCACAGAGGAUUCAAGCAAAACUGAAGAGCAAACAAUGCAAGAUUUGCGUGAAUCCUGCCAAGAGCUGACCGACAGCCUGGUGGAGACAAACUUUCCUGAGGUUGAAGAAGAGAACUCCGAAUCCACUUCUUUGAAGCAGUCGAAUAAAAUGGGAGAAAUCUACGUCGGUGAUAAAACAUUUCAAGGUGACUCGGGCGUUGGUCAAGAGGAUAUGGUCACUAAAAGCAAGCUGGAGGAUGAGCUGAAUUCAAGUCUUCCUAAAACUGAGGUUAUACCUGAAAAUGGGACCAUUGACGAGCACAAAGUGGAGAACGUGAUAGAAGACGAUGCCUCAUCCAGUCUGGAAAAUAUAUCAGUAUCUGCAACGUCUUCGAGUAACGCCAUCGUAUCUGACAUCCCCCCACCUGAGGACUUCCACGAGCCAAAUCCUGGUGCCCCAUCCUGUGAAGAAGAUGAGCAAUCUUUCAGCCCGCUGACAACCAGCGCAGUAGCCCAGACACGUGACGACGAGAACGAAGGACAGGCCGUUUGCGAGGAGUCCAAGAUCAUGGAUGCGGAUCGGUCGGAGAGGUACCGUGCGGAGCUGAGGCUGUCGCUCAGCGUGACUCCUCUGCAGCCUGCGCCCUCGCAACCUGCGCUUACUGACUCUGAGCGUGCGCAGGAAAAGGUGAUUACCGUUGAUUAUGGGGUUGUAGAGUCUCCGGGACAGAGUCCGUUCGGACUUUGGGUUUCACACCCGGGAGAAUGGGGCCUGGUGGAGACGGACCUGGAUGCAGAGCUCGAGCGUAGGAACAGGGAGGAACGGGAGAUCGGGGAGGAACGCCAGAACAGAGAGGAACACCAGAACAGAGAGGAACGCCAGAACAGAGACUCUGCCAGAGAAAACACGGACACACUGAGGAAAGAAGCUGACAGUCAGCGAAGCACUGAAGAUGAAAACCAGCCACUGGCAGUAUUGAGAGUACCAGAAGUGGCGGACGUGAAAGAAGUAGAGAAUCCCAGAGAAAAUGGAGAAGCCCCUGCUGCCAUCACGAUGAACCAUGCAGACGAAAGGUGUGUGAUGUGUAAUAAGAAGGUGUGCAGUCCUGCACGGGCUCCACAGCGUGCAGAUCGACCAGUGCUCUCGGAAGUUGACUUCCUGCUGCUCAUGUGGCUCCUUCUCUACUGCCUGUUCGUCCUGCCUCACAUGGACAUACGGACGAUUUCCCGCUUCCUGCUCAACCUGGAUGAAUGAAACGGAUGAGCUGAACUAGAUCAGGAUCCAUUCACACAGGAUUCCGCUCGCUUUCUUCCACAGCUCGCAUACCAUGAAUGGACGUCCUGGGAGAACUGACAGCACGUUGCCAUAUCUAUACAUAAAUCCUCGUUUGCACACGUGGACUUAUCGAAGGGCGUGUUUACCGAUGAGGUUUUUUGGCAUCGGCCAACAGGUUGCCAGGUUUACAGCAGUCCUUUAGCCUAUACACUGCAUCUUCUGGACACGAAUGCUUUAACGAGUCAAUACUUUAACAAGAAGAUUAAUAUUAUGGAUAAUAAAUAAUAAUUGUUUGCAGUUUCGGCCUUGGUACGGUGAUGCUUAUGCUGUUUGACAUCUUGAUUGUGCACUAUUUUUUUUUACUUUCUUUUUUUUUUCUUUUCGUUUAAGCUAAGUAAAAUGCCAUCACCAGUAAGGAGUUAUGAGAUACAACACCUGAGUUCAGACUGUAUUCUUUCUUGCCCUUUUUAAGAUCUUCAUAUGGAAACUAAUUUUGACCCUAAUUUUUAUUCACAAAAUGCCAUGAUUAUUUGUUGUUGUUGUUGUUGUUGUUGUUGUUUUAUUUUAUUUUUUAUUGUAAUGUUUUGUUGCCGAUCGUUUGGUGUGAUUUCAUUAGAUUUCCAAAUUGUCAUGAUUUUAUCGAUUAGUCUUAUUUUGCUAAAAAGGUGUAAUAAAUAAAUAAAUAAAUAAAUAAAAGUCAUAUUUUUAUGCAGAAUUAAAGAAAACAAGACCAAAUCCACCCCAUAUUAAUAUUUAUAAUUUUUAUGAGCAACAAUGCAAACGUUUGUGACGUCAUAGCGUAAAACAAAAUAGCAAAUAUUUCAAUAUAAACCGUGAACAAGCUUCAGGGUGGAGUUUUCUUUUAAGAUAUGAAUGAUUUUUAUGACCUAACGAGAUGAAAAUGUCAUGUAUGAUUUCAGGUUUUCAGAUUGUACUUAACCAUUAAUUAGAAUAUCUUUACGAUCGACACGUGCCUAAAUGCUGGGGUGGAUUUUUUUAUUUAUGUACAAAAAGAAUAUCCUGACUGGUCAUCUUGAAAGCAGGCUAAUUCAAUUUCAAUUCAAAUGCACUUUUUUUUUUGUACGAAAUCCACGACGUAUACAAACUACAAGUUUUGAAGUGAAGCUUCACCGAGCGCCAAAGAUUGAGUUCUGACGCUAGAGUUCAGGGGCUGAAGAAAGAUGGAUUUCGCUUUUCUUUGAAUAAUGAAGUAUUUAUAAAGCGACCGAGCUGUUGUUCUCUAUUUGCGUGUAUAUUCCACAGCAUAUAAAUCAUGUCUACACUGCUCAGUUGGACUCUUUGCUGAUGUUUUGUUUAUUUUUAAGUGAGGUCUCGUAUGUAUCUGGUAUUAUAUAAGCCAUUUCUAAGUGCUUCUUUUUUCUCUUCCUUGUUGACACGUCGUGUUUGUCAUUUUUUCCCCUCCUUUAUACGUGUAGAUAAGUUAGAGAUAAUCUUUUUCUUCAUGCUGUAUGUCUGUACACUUUGAUGAAAGCUCAGAACACCAUUUGCAAAGCACUGUGUGUUGAAAUACUGAACGUCUCCUAGCAGUCAUAUAAGGCCCGCUUCCAUGAUCUCUGCAUGAGGAUUUUUUGGUUGCGGAUUUUGUAAAGCUAUCUGGUAAAUCGUACUUCACUUUUGUAUUGAAGAUCCUUGUGCAAAUAAAUAACAUGCUUCUCGAAAACAA